UAUUCACAAUGUUCUUGCCAUGGUUCUUUGUCAGCAUUAUGAGUGUAUUUCACUCUUGUUCGGGAGAGAAUGGUCUACUACGAGCAUACUCUAAUGGGGACAUCAUAAUUGGAGGACUUUUCCCUCUUCACUCAAAAACCAAUAGAACCACAACACCUGGACCACUCUCCUGUAGUGCCUAUGACUUCCAAAAUUUCUUACGCUCUCAAGUGAUGAUAUACGCCAUCAGAGAAAUAAACCAGCUUAAGGUUCUACCCAACUUCACUAUAGGAUAUGACAUCUAUGACACUUGUGGAGAUGUCAGCCUUGCCAUCAGAGCCACACUUGAGCUGCUGAGGAACCAGUCAGACCCUCAGUGCUGUUUACUACCUGCAAAAGAUCAGUCUGCUUUACCUGAACCCAAAGUAAAGGUGGUGAUCGGUGAGAGAUACUCUGAAGUAUCAAUAGCUGUUGCACGAAUUGUUGCUCUGUCAUCAGUUGCCCAGAUUAGCUAUGCAUCAACUAGUGAGCAGCUCAGCAAGAAGUUAAAGUUUCCCACAUUUUUGCGAACAAUAUCAAGUGAUGAACAUCAGACAAAGGCCAUCGCUGAGCUGGUGAGGCAGUUUAACUGGAAAUCUGUUGCCAUUGUAGGAAGUGAUGAUGAGUAUGGGAAGUACGGUAGUGACCGCCUUGAGUACAACUUCCAAAAUAUGAAAAUCUGCAUUGAAUUUAUUGAGAUCCUGCCUGGUUACUUUUCCCAUAACAGUUCUGAAUCUCAUAAAUGCCUGACUGAUCUAUUGGAUAAAAUCAUUAAUUCCUCAGCGGAGGCCAUCAUCUUGUUUACUAAGACUUCCAAUGUUGAACUGAUCAUGAAAGCAGCUAUUACACACAGACUCAACAGAACCUGGAUUGCAAGUGAUACAUGGUCCACCUCUUCAGGGAUCUCUGCAAUGCAGGGCAUCAAGUUGGCCGGGCAGGUUUUUGGAUUCAUCUCGAAGAGGAAUGAGGUGCCUGGUUUUAAAGACUACGUCAUCUCUAUGGGCAAUGGAUCCAGUAAUACCAUUCUGCAGGAUUAUCUGAAUCACCACAACCAGGAUGGGUCCAAGCAAUGUCUGCCCUCAAGCUGCUUAGCCAAUUACAUUGACCAAGAUGAAUCAUACAAUAUAUACUUAGCUGUUCAAGUCAUCGUUGAUGGUCUCAGGCGCUUGCUUAAGUGUGACAACCAAAAGUGUGAACGCAGCGCCAACUUUACAGCCUUUGAGCUUCUCAUGGCAGUCAAGAAAGCCAACUUUACUGUGAACACCACUCAUAUAUUCUUUGACGCCAAUGGAGACCCCAGUAUAGGAUAUGAUAUUGUAUACUGGAGCAUGAAUAACUCCACAGACAUAAAAACCAUUGGAGAAUAUUGGCCAAAUGGAGGAAUCAAAAUCCCACAUUAUCUUGUCAAAAAAAUGGGCAAUGUGAAUGUAACUGUUUACAACUGCUCUAAAACAUGUGAACCAGGCCAAGAGUUGAGACUGCAACACAAAGGGUGCUGUAGAGAAUGUGCUCCUUGUGCAUCUGGCGAGUUUUCCCCUGGAAAUGGUACGAAGUGUGAGAGAUGUGGUGAAGGCCAGUAUUCAUCUCCAAAGAAGAAUGAGUGUUGGAACAAAAGUGAUGAAUUCCUAGGCUGGACAGAUCCCUUCAUUAUCUUCUUAUGUGUCUUAGGAGUCUCUGGGAUAAUCAUUUCCAUUGUGUUUGCUAUUCUGUUUCUAAUCUAUCAUAGCACUCCCAUUGUGAAGGCAGUUGGAGGUUAUUUGUGUUUCUUGGAGCUUUUUUCUCUGCUGGCCUGCUUCUGCCUUACAUUUAGCUUCGUUGGAAUACCCACUAAUUUAUCCUGCAUGGUAGGCCUGCCUCUCUUCGGCAUGGUCUUUUCCCUCUGCAUAUCCUGCAUUCUGGCCAACCUGCUCCAAAUCUUAGUGGGCUUCAGCUUUGAUUUGAGGAUAGGGUCCUGGAUGAAGAAGCUCAAUCAGCCAGUGGCUGUGGUGACCAUAGUGUCUGGGAUCCAGCUUAUUCUGUGUGUGCUAUGGCUGUACUAUUGCCCCCCAUUUCUACACAAACAGAUGUUUGAAAAGACCAUCCUGUAUCAGUGCAAUAAAGGCUGCACUGGGUACUUUAUAGCCAUGUUAACCUAUAAUGCUUUCUUAGCCCUUAUUUGUUUCCUGUUUGCAUUCAAAGGUAAACAGCUGCCAGAUUUGUAUAAAAAUGCAAGUUUAAUCACCACCAGUAUGCUGCUGUUUUUAAUUGUUUGGAUCCUCUUCAUCCCGAUUUAUAUCAAUUUGAUUGGGAAGUACAAAAUAGCAAUAGAAAGUGCAGCCAUACUCAUCUCCAGCUACAGCAUCCUGGGUUUUCACUUGGCUCCUAAGUGUUACAUUAUGGUGUUCAGGAAAGAGAUUAAUAAUGAGAACGCUAUCACUGAAUACAUCAGGAAACAUUAUGAGCAGAGAGGCAUGGCUGUGGUGAAAUCAUAAUCUCACACACACAUCCAUGAAUUCUUUUCAGGUUCUGGGUAACAGUAUGGUGAACAAAAGAAAUCUGUUUCUCUGUGGUUAAAUCUCUCUGACUAAAAGUUAGAGCUGAGCUGAGACCAACUCCAUUUGGUUUUACACUCUAACAAUUAGAGUGUCAUCACACACUGUGUAGAUUAUGUAUUUAUGCCAUAAUCUGUCAGGUAUAAGUAUUUUUCACUACUCCUUCUUCACUUAUUACCUUCGUUAUUACUUCGUUAUUACCACUGCUGCAGAAUGCAGAGAUGUAUAUUAAGUGUGAAUGACUGAUUAACUGAUAAAUGAAAUUAGUAGUGAAUGCGGUAACCUUAAAGGGAACAUCUUUAUAAUCAACUGUAUAUUUAGAAUUAAGUAUAUGUUUUUCUGCUACUGUGAUCUACAUUACUUUCAUUUUGUCAUGUGAUUUUUUUUAAAAAAAAUUAGAGAAUGUUCAUGGAGUGUUCACUGUGUAUACAAUGCACCAAAAUGGAAGAAAAACACAGAGAGCUGUCUUUUGACAGGUUACUCUGAAUAAUAACUAUCUAACCUGGGGUUAGAUAUGUUUAUACACCCUGAACUAUUUAUCAGUGUGUAGAAAUGCAUUUACUGCAUGUAAUAUACUACUUAAAAUGUACUAAAAUGUAUCCUAAAAAUGCAUUCCUGUGUAUGUUUAUAUAAUAAACCAAAGUAACAAAAUACCAGUUAGAC